ACGUUACGUUAAUCUGGUAGCACCUGAGGCGGCGUUCCUCACAAAGCCGCUCCAAGCUUUUUUCUUGGAAUUUUGCCAAUCGCAAAGUCUGCAAAACAACAGUCGGCUACAGAUAAGGUCAAACAUAAACGGGCUUCAUUUCCCGCCAACCCGUCCUUCUCCAACAGCCCCGGACGGCGCUCUCUGUUGAUUAUUUUGAUCGCUGGCAUCCCUGGCACGAUACCGGCCUAUUUUAGCUGACGUUCCCCCCAGGCCCAGCCUAGGAUAUACUACAUACAGGCUUGUGGUGCUCCAGAUCUCUCGCGCUCUGACAUGCGACCCAACCUGAUUCUCGUUAGGGACUAGACUUGGGGUUAAUUUGGUCCGUGUUUGGCGGGUUUAUCACCAAGCCUCCCCCAUACGACCCUGACUCAGACAGUUGUCCCGUGCUGGUGGGUGGAUAGGGGAUCCGGAGGCCCAGAGGAGGGACCGACUACUGACUUGGGUUUGGCUCUCCAACGUACCGCAUUGCCGGUAUCUAUCUCUCACAACGUUGCUGACUAUUAAAAACGGCAAGCUUCUUUGACCCAUAGUCCACUUCCAAGAAUCGCCUGUGAGUUGGUCUGCUGGCUGAUCCUCCUCAGGCUAUCUCUGAAGACAGCAGUGGAUGAAAGAGUUCAAGUCGGCAACAACGCCUCAGCCUUGAACGAUAUCCCCAUGGCUGUUGAAACUGUUUACCUUGGACUAAACUUGAGUUUGGGGAGUCCCUCCAGAUGAGAUCCGUAACCCCGCGGGCCGGUCGCGUUGCACCAUGGUCUUCGUGUACAACCGUUAUGACGUCAGAGGCCUGGGGAUCGCCAUCUUGGUGUCGGGCCUGCUGAGUAUCGUGUUCGGCGUGGUGGGGCUGUUCUUCGGGGAACAUCACAUCCACAGCUUCGCCGCGCCCAUAUGGAGCGGCAUCAUCGUUGUGGUGACAGGGGCCUUUUGUAUCGGAACUGGGAACAAACCGACCAGCAGAUGCCUGGUGACGACUCUGCUGUUCUUCGCCGUGCUGAGCCUGAUCCUGUGUAGCCUGUGCUGGGUGCUGGCGCUGAUCGGGCUGAUGAGACGGGAACACUGUACCCACUCCUCGGGGCUGUGUGACGGCGUCACCGUCGCCAUGUUCUCCAUCACCCUCCUCCUCGGCAUCUUCCAGAUGAUCCUGUGUUUCCUCAUCUCCAUCAUCUGUUGUCUCGGCAUCUGUUACGGCGAUGCGCGGGAGCACGAGCCGACAGCGUACGAGCGGGAACCCAUGGAGCAGCCUGUCUUCGUCGUGGCUACCCAGACUCCUCCAGCUACCCAGAAGCCUUCAGCUACCCAGAAGCCCCCAUCCAGCCGGAGUCGCCCAGGUCCCCGGGAUGAAUAUGCAGAUGAGCCCCCUCCGGUAGCGAAACGGCCGGAGCGCCCAGCACCCAAGGGACGGUCCCGGGACAGGGGACGGGACAGGGACAGGAGGACACCAGAACGGCGGCCUUAGGGUUACUUUAACCCUUCACAUGUUAAGUUCAGGUGUCAGUGAAAUACUUUGCGUAGCACAAUCACCGGAGCUAUCAGGGCUUGUUCCUCGUUCCUAGAGUUGACAAUUGAAUAGGAAUAUGUAUGUUAUAAAGAAGAUCUAAAUAAGAUUACUUUAUAAAUUUAGAAUUCCUUAUUCAAUAUUGUCCUUGUGCGAACCAUGACGGCAAGGUUUAGGAACAAGAUUUUUUUCCAUUCAUAGUGAAAGACAUAGCGGUGGUGCACUCAAAUUGGCAAAAUUAUAUUAGCGCCACCACUUUACACGUAUACAUAAACAUAGACGCAAACAAAAAAGGGUAGAAUAAAAGAAAAUGUAACGAAAUAAGGAAUAAUCAAGUAACGUCCGAUGCACACUUUACAGUAUGUGAUGACGCUUUUACAUCUUUAUGUUUAUUCCUAUGCAUAUUACUUCGCAUAUACCCGUCUGUAUAGCUCUUGAUUUUUGAAUAUACUACAAUAUUAUUACUCUGUACUAUCAAAACUUAAUCUAGCGAGAGUAGAUAGAGACGCAGUAACUUAGCAUGAGAAUGGCAUACGACAAUUGUAUGCCAGAGUACUUGAAACGGUAUCUGAAUUUUCCAAUACAUUCAAAUGUGCCUUAUGUAGACGCCUAUAUAUUUAUAUCUUCGGAUAGAGUAUAGUUAUGUAAACUAUAUAGCUUUCACGAAUAUAUUUUUUGCAAUGACGCUAACUAGAGCUGUCCUUAUAACGCUGCGAUACUUAAUGGUUUAUUGUACCUUCCUUGCGUAGCAAGAUAUCGUAAAUAACGCCGUAAUUACUUGUUACGUUUUAAUGAGUGUUGGUUCUUGUAAUGUUACACCAAAUAUAUCAUUUAUAAACAUUUGGAUGUAGGCAUUUUCGACUUUAGUAUAUUGUUUAUUUUAAGAAUGUCAAGCAUGUACCUACUAGUAGUAUCAUCGACAUUUGUGUAAAUAAGGGCCUGGUAAGAUCGUUACAUUGACGAGCCGAUCUGAGAGCAAUCUCUGGAUAGACAGGCAAAUGUAUAAAAUUCAGCUACGCUGUAACAUGGAACUGAUAUCUAUA